GUCAACAUUAUACACCCUAUUGCAUAAUUAGCUUUGCGCCAGUAAACCCCCCUUCUCUCCCUUGUUCCCCUAACCAAGUUCAGGGGGGUCUUGAAACUUUUUGCACAACUUCCUAAUCACAUAACCAGACGGUGCUGUAUAACGCAAAGAUCAUAGAUGGCGCAUCGUCUGCUCCGAGACUUAGAAGCAGAUGGCUGGGAGCGCUCCGACUUCCCUAUUAUAUGUGAAUCUUGCCUUGGUGACAAUCCUUAUGUUCGCAUGACUAAAGCAGAAUAUGACAAGGAAUGUAAGAUCUGUACAAGGCCCUUUACAGUUUUCCGCUGGAGACCAGGUCGAGAUGCUAGAUAUAAGAAAACAGAGAUUUGCCAGACAUGCAGUAAAUUGAAAAAUGUAUGUCAAGUCUGUCUCCUGGAUCUUGAGUAUGGAUUGCCAGUCCAGGUUAGAGACACUGCUCUUAGCAUUAGCACCAAUGAUGCCAUCCCCAAAAGUGAUGUGAACAGGGAAUAUUUUGCAGAGGAACAUGACCGCAAGGCUAGAGCUGGUUUGGAUUAUGAAUCCUCAUACGGUAAGGUGCGGCCUAAUGACACUAUUUUGAAGCUUCAGAGAACGACGCCAUAUUAUAAAAGAAACAGAGCACAUGUUUGCAGUUUCUAUAUAAGAGGUGAAUGCACACGAGGUGCUGAGUGUCCAUACAGGCAUGAGAUGCCUGUCACCGGGGAGCUGUCACAGCAAAAUAUUAAAGAUCGUUAUUAUGGAUUGAAUGAUCCAGUUGCAAUGAAGCUCCUUAACAAGGCUGGUGAAAUGCAGACACUUGAACCUCCAGAAGAUGAAAGCAUCAAGACUCUGUAUGUCGGUGGGCUUGAUGCCAGGAUCACUGAGCAAGAUUUGAGGGAUAACUUUUAUGCCCAUGGUGAAAUUGAAUCCAUACGGAUGGUUCUCCAGCGAGCAUGCGCUUUUGUAACGUACACCACCCGGGAAGCUGCAGAGAAAGCUGCAGAAGAGCUUUCAAACAAACUUGUUAUAAAGGGUCUGAGGCUGAAGUUGAUGUGGGGUAGACCUCAACAACCCAAGCCUGAGAUUGACAGUGCCGAACAAGCAAAGCAGCAGGCUGCAGUGACACACAGUGGGAUGCUUCCAAGAGCUGUUAUAUCUCAGCAACAGGGUCAACUUCAUCCUCCUGGUACAAGUCAGGAUCAGAUACUACCUCCAAUGCCUUAUUUUAAUAUUCCAGCACCGUCUCAGCAGGACAGGGCCUUCUACCCGUCAAUGGAUCCUCAACGAAUGGGUGCUCUUGUUCCAUCGCAAGAUGGAUCCUCAAGUGGUCCUUCAGGUUCAGGAGAAAUCAGAAGUGGAACUGAGAAGCAGCCUCAAGGCCACCAACCAUAUGGUUACCAGGGAAUGCCACCUCCAGGUCACUAUCAACAGCCAUUUCAUCCACCUUAUGGUUAUAUGCAACCUCCUCCUUCACAGUACCAGCAAUACCCUGCUGCUCAAUACCACCACCACCAACCUGCAGCGUCUCCGCAACCUCCACCAACAUCACAGCAGCAGCAGGAGCAAUAGUAUCAGCCUGUAUCAUCAGGGGCUGCUCAAGAGUAAGAUGUACUUUUAAAGUAUGUGCACAGGAAUUUUGCAUUCCCUUCUGAAAAUUUGUUUAUUUGUGGCAAUGUAUUCUGAAUAUAGAAUCUCUUUUUUCUAAAUCUCAAUCUUGUCAAAACUGAAACAAUCCCUUCUCAACUGCAAAUCUGCUAGUCAGUUAUUUUAGAGAACAGCUUAAGAAUGGUGCCAGCUAAAUACAUUUGAGAUGUAAACAGCUUAACAAUGUUAUCUUUCUCGGAUGGUUUCCGUUGUGGUUA